AUGGGGCCAAUGCGGCGCGGUGGGGGCCCACUGAUCGCUACGAACGAUCGAAAAUGGGCCCAAAUGCACCUGAAAUGGCCGAAUUUUGGGUAUGAAGUGGGUCACAACAGGGCGAGCCCUGUUUUCCACGUCGUAGAGCUCGGAGAGAGCUUCGCGUGCAUAUGCUGCUCGACGCGUAACUCGACUCGUGUGCACGAAAAUUUAAAACCCUCUUAUAUUCUUCUUGACGCGAACUUUGAAACCAAAAUAAGUGACUUUGGUAUCAAUAAUUUGAUAUCCGAGGAUGAGAAUCCUUCCAGUUUUCACACACUAGGUAGUAAGAAUGAUGCAGAGAAAAUAGCUUACAUGGACCCUGAAUCUUUGGAGAAUGGGAAGCUUACCACCGAAUCUGAUGUCUACUCGUUUGGGGUUGUAAUCCUACGACUGUUAACUGCAAGGCCAGCUAUGAGCGUAAUCAGGGAUGUUCAAUGUGCUAUGGAAAGAGGAAAGUUGGAUGCUGUCUUAGACACGUCAGCCGGCGAGUGGCCACUUAGGCAAGCGAAGCAGUUAGCUAAUUUGACCUUGAGAUGCUGCGAGAAGGAUCCCAUGGAUCGGCCAGAUCUUGCCUCAGAAAUUGGGCUGUACUUGAGCCAAUGA